AUGACUUCUACAUCAGAACUGCCGUUGCAACAACCAAAUACGUCUGUAGAUAGCCAAGCAACCCUUCCUAGUGAUUCUCCGCUGAACAAAUACACGCGAUUUGAUGCCGCUAAGAUAAUUCGAACGGGAUACGGCCACACACGCACCAUACUUACCAAUACCCAAGACUACAACUAUCAAAGACAAACACAGUUUAUUACAAUCCUAAACAGCAACAACAACUCGUACCCAUCACCAGCCGAAAAGCCCAAGUGGCCAAUCAUCCAUCGUAUUCGAAGGUAUUUCCGCUACAUCCCUUUAGAUGAACGCGAUCCAGCACCAGAUUUCCAAGCACAUGUACAAGAAAUCCUUAUGGACGGCUGGCAGAUAAUUGCUGCCUAUAUUUGGCCAUUUGCUAAAGCAGCGCUCUUAUUUAUACCAUCCUUACUCUUUAUCAAGACCGCAUUUUACAUGCACAUCUAUCAGAUCAGCACCGACCUUCAUUUUGAUUACAACUACAGCUACGCACUUAAUCCCGGCGAACAAACUAUGUUUGGUCUUAUUACAGUAUUUGCCAUUGUAUUAGCCGUUAUCAUAAGCAUAUAUGGCUUCUUUUCUAAUGGCGUUAACAAGUCAGGCAAGAAUGCAUUAUUUAGAAAACCAGGCACACUAGGCGAUGAAGCCUCGGCCAAUUCAGUGAUGGGAAUCAUCUUCUACUUCACUAUAGCAUUAUCAAUCAUUCCUGUUGUGCUGAAUUUACUUGGCAAGGUCUGUUUUGCACUCUUCCAAAUAUUUGAAAUCCCGGUCAUCCUAGUCAGCAUUCUAGUUAUUUGUGCCAUGUUCAUGAUUGGAAGUUCCUACGGCAUGGCAAGAAAGUUUUCGUUCGGCAGUCGCCCUCUUCGGGUCAUUCUGUAUAUUGCUCUCGUUGGCACAAUCAUUCUUUUAACUGUCUACUUUAGUCUCCAUAUAAUCGGCCAAUGGAACAGCUGCCACGUCACACCCGGUUUCUUCAACCAUACUCUCGAACUUCUCCGAAAGACACAAACAAUAGAUCGGAAGCAACUUUCAGACCUACUAACCGUGAAGCUAAACGAGAAAUCCGACAACCUCCACCGGCUCUUCUCCGGUGUCACUAGCGCACCUCUGCCCACUUCUAUCGCUGAUAAGACUAUCGUUUCCGAUGAUAUUUUCACAAAGUUCGGUUACUAA